AUGGCCUCCCAACCAACCACUACCAUCUCAACACUGAAACCCAUCCUCAAAAAGACAACUCAGUCCACCGUAGCCCGACCGGGCACUACGCCAAGCGAGAGCCGCGCAAUCAAAGAUCAUCUGGUCCUACCACAAUACACCGGCUCACGCGAAUACAUGCACGCGGGCUGGUCCGAAGCCAAAGCCGAAAAUCUGCGCCGCGUCGUGCUCGCCUCCUACAUGCAGUCAGAACCCAUGCAGAUUCAAGUUGGCGAGGUCGAAGAGGCGACCGGCCACGAAGUGAUUUCGAACCCGGAAGCUUGGUACCGACAAAGUAGUUACACGCCGGCACCGCUGUACCCGCGGCUUCCAGAAGACGAGGCCUUGCCGCGUAUGUUGGGUGAAACCGGAGCUGAUAAUGGAAGGGGAAAGGCGCCUGUCGUGGCUUCGGAAGAAGGAAAUGUGCAGGCUUCCUCGACGGUAUUAUACCCAAAGCUGCCAUCAGCUACAGCGAGCUAG